UACGUGUACGUUAAUUGACUGCACUGUGAAGAUGGCUGACAAUCUUAAAUGAGCAUGCAUUUCUAAUCGAAGUUGUUGUCUCAAUUAAACACACUUUUCGUCAGCGCAAAUUUAGAAGGAUUCAUCUGUAAUCAUGUCUUCUGAUGAAACUGGCCUCACAGGGUUGGCUCAAGGCAGCAUGCCUCAACCAUCAUGUCCGGCUUUUCUUUCGAAGUUAUGGCUGUUAGUGGAUGACGAAGGCACUGACGAAUUGAUCCAUUGGAGCGAUGAAGGAAACAGUUUCAUUGUCCAAGAUCAGGUUGCCUUUGCUCAGCUUCUGCUCCCUCAGUACUUCAAGCACAACAACAUGGCGAGUUUCAUACGUCAACUCAACAUGUAUGGUUUCAGAAAGAAAGCACACUUGGAUGAUGGGGCGCUGAAAACAGAACGAACUGACAUUGAAUUCCAACAUCCUCAUUUCUUGAAAGGAGAAAUUAAGCAUCUUGAAAAGAUCAAGAGAAAGGUGUCUGGUAAAGAUGACUCCAAAGUUAAAACCAAUGAAGUGGGCAAGAUUCUGAAUGAAGUAAGAGAAGUGAAGGGCAAGCAGAAUGAUAUUACAGCGAAACUGGAAACAAUAAAAGAAGAAAACACAGCGCUGUGGCGAGAGGUGGUUGGUCUACGUCAGAAGCAUGACAAACAGCAGAAGAUAGUCAACAGACUCAUCCAUUUUCUGAUCACCCUUGUCCAACCUAAACCUAAAGUUGGAAACACAAGAAAGAGACCAUUAAACCAGUUGAUGAUUGAGGGAUUUGCUGAUACUUCUCCUCCCAGUAAAGCAAAGUUUAGUCGGACACUCCCUGGAAGUCCAGCCCUUGAAGAACUUAAAUUCAGAGAUAUGAAGGAGAAGGACAGCAACCUGGAGUUUUUAAGUGGAGGAGACAGUCCUACACUCACUGACAUAAUAGACAAUGCCCCAUAUGAGUCAAAGGUCACUGAACUAUUAGAGGAACAGGAGGAUGAUCUCAUUCCAUCGGACAUCCAAUCAAGCACGGAUAGAAUCCCUAGCACACAAGGUCAAGCCAUCAUUAACCAAGGAUCACAGGACAAUCAAGCUAACGCCACACAACUCUUAGGUCAAGGGUACGCUAUGAACCAGGACACCUUCGUGAUUCCUACUGUCGUUUCAAGCCUUGACAAUGUGACAAGUAACAUUCAGACUGAAAGCGUUGAGUCUACCAACAUCCCGGUGCUGGCAGCUUUAAGUCCAGAUGUGACGUAUCCUCAGACCCCUGGAAGUGAUGACAUUGGAUGGCUAGAUAUGGCCGAGGAUUGCUCAGCUGACGGCAUCGGUCUGGAGGAUGCGGGAGUAGCAGAACUUGUGGCCCCAACUACAGAUGAAGUCCUACCGGCUGUUGGGCAUGAAGGGUUGUUUGGACCAGGGGAAGGGCAACUUGUCCUCACAAGCGAUUCACCCACCAAUGAGAACAAGCAGUCACAGAAUAGCCCUAACAAAUUCUUGCUACAGCGUAUGUUGUCCCAUGAGGAGCAGAAUUCGAGGCAAGACCUAGGUGAUCAACUCAGCACAGUGCAGUCAAAUCUGAAUGAAUUCAAGCAAAUGAUUACAAGCAAUCCAACCCUUCACUACGAGCUGGGUGAACUUCUAAAUGAAUUACCCAUUUUCUUUGAUGAACCAAGCUCCAUGACAAUGCCAGAUGCUCUCACAAAUUUUGUUGGUCUGCAGAGUGAAGAUAAUGGGGAGAAUGAUGGUUUAUCCUCUGAUGUGAUAUCAACAGGGAAUGAGUUGGUGACGUACAAGCCUUCAACAUCAAGUGCAUCUCUAGGAUCAUUCAUGGCCGACGAUGAGGAUUCGUUACUCCGAUCUCUAGACGAUGAUUCUCAAGCGCUCAGAGAACAGAAUGAGAACGAUGGCAUAAGCUUCCAACUGUGAUCCCAGCAAUGGAAUAUUCAGUGGUAUCUCUUCAAAACAUUCAAGAAGUUAUUCAUUUUUCUGCUUGCAAGCACCAAUUGAAGUACAUUUAACUGUCAAUCUAUCAAUCUAAUAGUGCAGAUAGUCUCAAACUAUUGGUGAGAAUUAUGUUCCCGUGAUAUCAAGGGGGACGGGUGUCCCUUCUUUUCUUUCCUUUUUAUAUUUGUGCAAGAUGGGCAAGAUGCCCUCGGAGUGAAUGUUGAUCUUUGUUAAUGUUAACAUUCAUAUUGUUUAUGCAUGUACAUGAAUGUUAGGCUGAGAGCAUGGUAUAGUCAUCAAAAUGGUAAGCAUGUUACUUAAACUGGGCGGAAUGUUUCAAAGACCCAGCCUCUUUUAAACCACUAAAUUAAGUAAACUAGAAUAUCAGAACAUCUUAAAUAGAAAGAUAAAUCGUAUUCAGAGUUCUAUUAAGAAGCCUGAAACAAGAUGACAGUUCUGUUGUUCAGUGCUAGCCUUGUAGAGAGUAAUGCUGUAUAAGCUCAUACAUGCCAACUGUUCAGAUUAAAGAGGAACAUUCCUCUUUUUGGGAGAAGAUAAUUAUCAUUUUAAUGCAGGUGUUCCUCUUCCUGUACAAAUUU